CUGCCAGGAGAGCAGCUCAAUGGAAAGGAGGUGAUUAAUGCCAUCAGGUUUCCAGUUGUUGCUCCUCCCAUAAAGACUCUGGAUGAUGAACAGUCUCCACUGCUCUCAGAGCUUUAUACAGGUCAAAUUAAAGACAGAGAGCUUCCAGAAGAGAAUGAUGGAGAAGAAUCCACCAGGAUACAAGAUGAUGGAGAUGCUUCCAUUUCUUUAGAUACUGAAGACACUGAAAAGGAUGAAGAGAGCAGUGAUGUAGAGCACCCUCACUCUGGGCUGAAACAAUUGUCAGACUCUGGGUGUAGGAAAUGCUUUACAAAAAAGAUAAAUAUAGACUCACGAAGGAAAGUCCAGAUAGGCGUGAAGCUUAGCUGUAAAGACUGUGGCAAAACAUUUAUUGGGAAGCACGCUUUAAACAUACACACGAGAAUACACACCGAAGAGAAACCUUUCUGUUGUCAUAUGUGUGGAAAAACACUUAGCCAAAAAGCCACCUUAAAAGCACACAUAAGAAUCCAUACAGGAGAGAAGCCUUUCUGUUGUCUUCUAUGUGGACAAAACUUUAGGCAAAACUCAAAUUUAUACACACACAUGAGAGUCCAUACAGGAAAGAAGCCUUUUUGUUGUGAUCAAUGUGGACAAAAAUUUAGCCUUAAAUCAACCUUAAGCAAACACAUGACAAUCCAUACAGGACAGAAGCCUUUCUGUUGUGAUUCAUGUGGACAAAGAUUUAGCCGAAAAGGUUAUUUAAAAACUCACAUGAGAAUCCACACAGGCCAGAAACCUUUCUGUUGUGAUCUAUGCGGACGAAGAUUUAGUGAUAAAUCUACCUUAAACAAACACACACGAAUCCAUACAGGGCAGAAGCCUUUCUGUUGUGAUCUAUGUGGACAUAGAUUUAGCCAUAAAGCAACUUUAAACUCUCACAUGAGACGCCAUACAGGAGAGAAGCCUUUCCCUUGUGAUCUAUGUGGAAAAAGAUUUAGACAAAAAGCAUAUUUAAACUCUCACAUGAGAAUCCAUACAGGACAGAAGCCUUUCUGUUGUGAUCUAUGUGGACAUAGAUUUAGCCAUAAAGCAACUUUAAACUCUCACAUGAGACGCCAUACAGGAGAGAAGCCUUUCCCUUGUGAUCUAUGUGGAAAAAGAUUUAGACAAAAAGCAUAUUUAAACUCUCACAUGAGAAUCCAUACAGGACAGAAGCCUUUCUGUUGUGAUCUAUGUGGACAAAGAUUUGGCCAAAAAUCAAGUUUAAACAGACACAUGAGAAUCCAUACAAGAAAGAAGCCUUUAACUAAAAAGCACAUUUAAAAACACACAUGAGAAACCAUUUAGGACAGAAGUUUUUCCGUUGUGAUUCAUGUGGGCAAAAAGACCACUUUGCUUGCUGGUUUUAGCAUUUCUCUAGUAGCUAACUUAUGAACUUAUUAAAACAUUUCAAGUUUUUUUCACUGUACACCAUUUAUUCGAAUUGAUCUGCAGCACAGCUGUGUUAUUAGUACAUGUGUGCUGCUCUGAACAUUAGGCCCAUUCUCCUUGGUAUUUAGAUAUCUUUAAGGCUGUCUGAAACUUUUUUUCACCUUAAGAAGGGUGUUUUUUUUUCUGAUUCUGAUUGAGUUGCUUCAGAAUUCCCACAUAAAGCUCUUUGGUCAUGGUGCCAUCUAUUUAGUGAACUGCACCAGUCCCUCCUGCAGCAAAAUAACCCCCACAACAUGAUGCUGUCAACCAGGGGUCAUGUUAAAAGAAUAUUUUCCGCCAUUGACCGUUUUGUUUUAAACGGUGAUCCAGUGGUGCAGAAGGAGCGCACGCUGCAGGAUUUCCUACAUCUACUGCAGGAUCUCCUACCACUGAAGCGGGUGCUUGCAGGGUCAGGAUCAGCGAGUGUUGCUGACUUCUGAUGACUUCACUUGGAGAAAUGUUCAUUGAUUUCAAAACUUUGGCACAGUGUCGGCACAGUUCGGAUUCAGUCUCCAGAACAACAACAAAACAGCCAUCAGAAGUUGUCUGUUCCAGUAAGUCCAGAACCUUCUGACAAUAGUCUCUGCAGCAGUCCCACUUGAGACAUUUGAUUAUGCGCUAGCCUGCAUGCAGUUCACUGUGACUGUGUGGUUAGGCCACAGGGGAACUGUUUAUAUGUAAUUGUUAAUUGUUUCUAUGUAGCUACUGGGGCCACACAGUUAGUUGAUUUUGUUACUGUGGGGGAAAAGUUACAUAAUUUCUUGUGUUUGAUGUGUGUAUCGAAGGUGUUGAUUAUUUGUUAGUUUGGACUAAAUUUAAAAUGGAUUAAAAUUAAAUGCUGUUGAAUA